AUGUCUAAUAAGGAGGAGAGGCGCACAGCGUCUACCGGUACACCAGGAGCCCAUGCCAACCUGGCUGAUCGUCUGGAUCUGUUGGAAGCACGGCUUCGAAUGCCAACUCAUCCCAAUCCGCCGCAACCUGAAUUGAAGGGUAUACCGCCCUUAUCAUUGGACGCAUCUCUGUUGGACCCACUCUCGUCUCCCGCAGUUUCACAGCAAUCGUUUCAAUUUGAUGCACCCACGCUUUCGGCAUCGUCCCCUGAUUUUGCUAAUGCUCUCAGAAGAGAGAAUCAGUCCACGCAAAAAGGAUUUCCAUCUGCCACAUUGGAAGCAGUCAGUCGAGCUGCGGAGGAACACAUGCGGAAAAUUGCACAGCAAGACUUGGCCACUACCGACAGCAACAGCCAACCAGCCUUUUCCAACUCGUCUUAUCAGACCGUCAAGAGAUCGCAUCAAAGUCAGCAAACAGCGAAGAUUGUCAAAGAGUCUCCUCCCGAACUGCUGGAGCAACCUGGCGCCAAAAAAUCCAAAGGCAGCCCCCGUGCUUUGAACAUGGACAGGACCACUGCCAGUAACAACAACCAUCAAAGGACUUCUUCCAAGCGCAAGUCCACCCCGGUCAAGCUGGAACCCUCCAAGAGCAAGAAACAAACCCGUCGACAGUCUUCCUCCACCACAAACAACAAAGACAACAAUGACGGUGAAAGCAAGCGCACAAAAUUGCAAUUCUCAGGCACCGAUACUCAUACCAAGAGCAAUCAUUCAUCAUCCGAAGGAAAUAUUCAGAAUCACGCCAGUGCAAAAGAAUCCUCUUCUACCGCUCAGGCUGCUGGGACCUUGGCAAGUGCCAAUACAAACUCACGUUCCAACCAGACGCCUGUCAGGACCAGCACCAGUGGUAGUACCAAACACAAGCCACCCAAAAACAACCGCCUCAUUCGCGAUUUCUUCUCGGCAGUGAGCGCAUCGGACAAUACCAAGGGAACCACGGCCAAGAACAAGGCAUCUUCUCAGGGAGUCACCGAACAACAACCUACUACGCCUCGUCGGCCCUCUCUAGGCGCCACUGGAAAGUUUAGCAAUCUAGCUGCAACUCCCAGUCCCAAUCAACAAGUAGCGCAGCUCCAACAAAAAUGCCGUCAAAUGGAACAAUUGUGUCAAGAAAAGGAGGCCCAGUUGAAGGCCGUCUCUAACAAUCGGACCAUCCUCCAAACAGCCACGCAAUCAGCACUCCAACAGGCCAAGCAAGAGUUGGUCUUGGAAAAGCAAAAGACUGCUUCCUAUCGCGGCCAAGUGGGAUCGGUGAUUGAAGACUUGAUGCGACAACAGGCAUUCGACCAAGCCCAGGCCACUCGAGAACGGUUGGCUGCCGAUGCGACCCGGCUCGGACGAAUAAUCUAUGCCCGUGUUGGGAUGAGGAUUGUCGAGAAUUGGGAGGAUGGUAUUGCAACGCGAAGAUUGAAGGAACGGCGAAACGAUCUCUUGGAGCAAAAGCAGCAGCUAGAAGAACGACAUGCCAAUGCACAGAAGAAUGCGUCCAAUCAUCAGGAUGCGGACAAGGAAAACAAGGAAGCAGCCAAGAAGGACAAAGGCACAUUGGCGGGGGAAGGAAGGAGGAUCCAGUCCAAGUUAGAUGCCAUAGAGGCUUUAGAAUCGGCACGGUUUCAUCUUGACACGGUUACGAAAAAGCUACAAGAUCUGCAAGCCGAAGAACAGCAGCUCAAGGAAGAAAAGGUCGAACAUGUACGAGCAUGGAAGCGGCUUAACAGCGAAGAUGCCUCGAGAUUUCGGGAUCGUCGCAAGCUCAACGAUCGCUACGUCUUGAUGUCACUGUUGGGAAAAGGCGGCUUCAGUGAAGUUUGGCGUGCCUUCGAUGUGGAAGCAUUGCAAGAAGUGGCUGUCAAGAUCCAUGAACUGGAUCCUCGCUGGUCGGACGAGAAGAAGGAAAACUAUACUAAGCACGUGUCUCGAGAGUACGAUAUCCACCGCAGUGUGCGCCACCCUCGAGUUGUGUCAUUGCUAGACGUCUUUGAAGUCGACGCCAAUUCGUUCUGCACUGUUCUGGAGCUCUGUGGCGGGACUGACCUGGAAACGAUACUGAAGCAACAAGGGAAACUGCCAGAGAAAGCUGCUAGAGCGAUUCUAUUGCAGAUUCUUUCCGGAAUGAACUACCUCGCUCACCCUUCUGCAGAUGGAAGGCGACAAGGCAUUAUACAUUACGAUCUCAAGCCAGGCAAUAUUCUGUUUGAUGCCCAAGGAGACGCCAAGAUUACUGACUUUGGGUUGAGCAAGAUUGUGGAACACCAUGACCCAGGCCAAAGCAUGGAGCUGACGAGUCAAGGCGCAGGAACUUACUGGUAUCUUCCUCCAGAAUGUUUCAUCAUGGAAGAGGAUGUGACAGUCCGCAUUAGCAACAAAGUGGACACCUGGUCGAUUGGAGUGAUUUUCUACCAAAUGCUCUAUGGGAAGCGACCCUUUGGCCACGGGAUGACUCAAGAUCGACUGUUGUCAGAUCAUACCAUGUUGAACGCUAAAGAAGUGAAUUUCCCCCAAGAGCGAAGUAUCUCGGAUAUGGCCAAAGAGUUCAUCCGAAGCUGUCUUCAGUACGAUCAAAUCCUUCGUCCAACAGUGGCUCAGCUUUGUGAACUCCCUUACGUCCUCGAUGGCAUUGGGCAAUGA